UCUGGUUAUUUUAAGGCACGCGCUGUCCGGAUCGCCUCACUCUCGGCGGUCCGCUGUCUGUCUCUUCGUUUUCCCUCCGGAGCCCCGCCAGCAUGGGUACCUGUCCCCGCUCACUGCUGGCCGCCCUCCUCCUGGUCCUCUGCGGCGUCGGUACCGCACACGGCGAUACACCUGCCAACUGCACCUACCCUGAGCUGCUGGGCACGUGGGUCUUCCAGGUGGGCCCCGUUGGUUCCCAACGCAACGUCAACUGCUUGCUUAUGGGACAACCGGAAAAAAAAGUAGUGGUUCAUCUUGAGAAGUUGGACACAGUACGUGAUGAUCUCGGCAAUACCGGCCAUUUCACCAUCAUUUACAAUCAAGGCUUUGAGAUUGUGUUGAACGACUACAAGUGGUUUGCCUUUUUUAAGGAUGUCACUGAUUUUAUCAGUCAGUUGUUCAUGCAGCUGGGAACUGUGAGGGUACAUGAUUUGAGACAUCUGAGGAACAAACUGGUUGUUAAAUAGAGCAUCUGUUGAGGGCCUCUUUUAAAACAGCAGCCACACAGAGACUUUGGGGCUAAGAGGCAGAGCCGCAUGCAGCCAUGGACCUGCCUUCCUCUGACAGCUAGCAGAGACCUGGGGCAGCUGCAUUCCCUUCUGGAGUCUUGUCUUUGCCUGUAAAAUGCUGAGGAGUCCUGGUGACCUACCUCCAAGGCAGCUGCCCUCCUGAACAUUUCCUUGGAAAGCAGCAACCGCCAUUUUGAAAUGUGAACAACCAGAGACUACACAGGAAAAAGGAAAGAAAAGUUUGGAAGUCUUAGGUGGCUCCACCAUUCAGCCUUUGAAUGAAAGGAACGAUACGCAACUCCUGUUUCUCCCUUUCGAAUACUGCUCUAUUGAGAUGAUUGUUUCCAGAUUGAUGAGGAUUUGAAUUUUGUGUUUAAUUUUGUUCAUCAUGCAGAUUUUACUUCCAGUUAUAUUAUCUUCUUGUGCACCUUCUUUCUCUAAUUACCUUGAGAAACCCCAGCACCUGUUGUAAGGAGAAAAUGCUUCAGGAUAUCUUGAGACGCACAGAUAGGUUGUUGGUGGAAAGAUGGUUCUGGGGAGGACUGGUCUGGAGGACCGGGCUUGCUGAGAGAUAAGUCAAACUGCUAAAAGGUAAUUUUGCAGAUCAUAGGCCUGCCUUACCCUCGCCAGAAAGAUGGGGUGAUUAGUACUUUUUUUCAUCUGUUUUUUUAUUAGAUACCAGCUUUGUUCUAAGAACUUGACCUGCUUUACCUUACAAGAAUCUUAUGAAGUAGACAUUAACUAACUUUAUUUUAUAGAUGGGGAAGAUUAGUCUCAAUGGUGUUUAAGCUCACACUGCAUCUAACUGUAAAAUGACAAGAGCUAAUCUCUUAAGCCUAAGGACCUCCUUGGGGCUAAAGAGUAAAAGAAAACCCAUUUCACAAAGAAACAGUGGUACUUGGAGUAAUAUUUCAGUAGAUUUUCUGGUGAAUCCUAGUUUGUAAGCAUCACAAAUGCUAGUUUAAUGGAAUCAAUUGCAUUGCAUGGCUCCUUUUGAAAUUUUAGGAGAACUGGCCUAAAGCUUCUAUUUCCUUACCAAACUUGGCUAUUCCCUUUCUUUCCUAAACCAGGGUUCUUUUCAAGAGGAUAACUUAACUUCUUUCCUUUUGUAGUCCUCUAGAUUGGAUGGAGAGUUUUGUUAAGUUUCAAAUUAAUUACAAAUUAAGUACUCUUGCCAAGUUGACUUCUUUCAUUACACUAUUGUUCACACUGAUGGCUAUCUUUCAGCUCUUUCCUACUAAACAAUGUACUGGUUUCCUGCUCAGUUCAGAAUUAAUACCACCCAUGGUAAAUUGAAAAUGUGGGGUUACACCUAGUCCCUAUAUUCUGGGAGGGCUUUUAUCCUGAAUCUUUGCUUCAAUGGAGGGAGCUCUAGAUACCAGAUUUUCAUUAUUUUAUUGGUUCAGAUAACUUUUAUGAUCUCUGAGAGGUCUGUUAUUCUGGGCAGGUCAUGCCUUAUAAAAGUAAAGUCAUCCUAUACCCAAGUACUUAAACCUAGAUGGUUUGUUCCGUCCUACCUCUGGACCCGAUAAUUCAUCACUCAGGACCUUGAUGCUGCCUCUGUGAAACCUUCCCCAGCUUUCUGUGUUAGUGGGAGAAAUGGCAUUAUUUGGUUCAUGUUGUUCUUUGCAGUCACCUCUACUCAGGUAGUACUAUUCUAAGUGCUGUAAAUGUGGAGUGAUUUUUGAUAGCACGUUCUCACCUUCUUCCAGAUUGAAAAUCUGUCACUUCUCCCUGUGUGUCUUCAGAACCCAAUUACCCAGGAUUUUUAAGUGUUUGGAAAAUUGACCGCACUUCCCUUGUCUCUUCAAAGGCUUUUCACAAGUAUUAUCAGCUUACAAAGAAUUAAUUCUAGAGGAUUCUAGAAGCACAAAUCAGGAACAAUGCUAUUUAAUAUUUUUCAUUCUUGUGUUCUAAAAAACAUACCCAGUUACCGUCUCCAGAGCUCUAAAAGAGUUGUGUAUUUUCAACCUAACUUCCAGGAUGUGAAUACUGACAAAGCAGCUAAUGUGUAUAAGAAUGUAUUUCAUAUGGAAUUUUACAUCACCUCUACUGAAGUCUUUUUUUUCUUUUUCUCUGAGCAACUUUGCACAUAAAUGUUUUGAUUAUGGAGAAGACAACUUGAUGGGUACAGAAUUACAGAUAUUUGUAUUAGGAAGCUCCAUAUUAUAUACUGCUUAGCAUUCUCUCUCAUGAUUGCUGUUUGUCUUCUCUAGUCUUUAAAUUCUGAGGGCAGUAAUAUACUCUGUAUCAACUAAUCAUUUUGUUCUCUAUGUAUAGCGUGAUCUGUGAUAAAUAGACCUUUAAUAAAUGUCUGUAGAAGAAAAUUGAGUAAUAUUUGUUGUGUUGUCUUGUUGUUUCAUUGAUGUGUUCCUGGGAGUUCUGUUACCUUUAUGUACCGAAAGUCUGUUGUGGUGGACCCUCAGGCCAUAUUUGUUGAAUGACAUGGUAGAAAACAGUGGAGACGUUUAGACUUUAUUUGGUUUGCUUAGAUUUUCAUUUUUGUGUGAGAUUGUAAAGGCCAAGAUAGGGCUCAAAAUUCUAACUUUCAGAAUUACUCAAAACUAAGUUAGCUGUCAGGGUAAAUAGUGAGCUUUAUGAUGGCAGUGUUUCCCCAAAGCCUGGAGAGGCAACAACCAGGAACUAGCCUGGAAUGCUCUAGGUUAUGCCCUGCCUUCCUCUGUCUUUACAACAGUGAGAGGCACCAGCCAAAAGUUAGAUAAGGUGAACUCUGAGAUAUCUCUUAGUCUCCCAGUUGAACAGUUUUAUAAGCAAGGAAGUGAGGAGUGAGCCAAGAGAUUUUGACUACUUUGUUGAGUGACAACCUGGUUUUAACUAGUUCUGGGAUAUAUAUCUUCAUUUAAACUGAAAGUCUUUUAAGGAGUGGAGGCAAAUAAAUGUAUGCCCCUCCCUUUUCACAUGCCUAUCCAGCUGCCAGUUCCUUCAGUAAAAUGCUAGAAGGUAUUUUGGUUGCAACCACUAUAAUGAUUUCCUAGCAGUAUCAAAAUUCUUCGAAAUUCAACUUUUUAAACAAUAGUUAAGUCAGAAAACUAGAGCUAAUCCUUGAAACUGACAGAGGGAAGUAUGUUUCUUUCUGAGGAAAAAUGUGGUACUCUUGGGGGAAGUUUGGCCAAGUAUCCAUUUAGAGGGUGUGUCUUAUUCUCUUUUGUUUGGCUUUUACCCACACUCUAGACCUGACUGCAAUUGAAAGCAGUUAAUUUACAUUUACACAGAUAUAUACAACAAACAAAGGGCAAUAUGCCAGUAAACAUUUUUUGUUAUUCAGCAUUGCCGGAAUGUAAUAUCUCUAGUAUAUGGUUUGCCAUUAAGUCAAUCAACAUCAUGCUGGGUGUUCUUUUUGGAAGUGAUGAAUGACCUUGAUGGAUAAGACCUGGUGCUCCAAAACUUUUAUUAUGUAUUCCAUGGUGUAUAAAGGUACACUUAAUAAAUUAUAUACCUACAGUACUAUACUGAUGUUCGUUGUCAGACACAUGGCAUAAUAUUAAAUGAUUAAAUAUUUGAUUCACUUGCUAUCACAAAUACAGGUCCUGCCCAAACAUAUUUCAUGAUGAUAUCCUUUGAAAAUAAUAGAAAAGUAUGCUUCAUUAUCAUAAGAAUCUGUUUCCUAUAAUUUUCAUACUGAAAAUUUUAAACAUUUGGAAGCAGUUUUUCCACUGAAAAUCUUUCAAAGAUUUCACUAGUUUUGAUUCAUUUUGUUAAAAGUAGGAGUGUCAAAGUUCAGUCAAGUUUGGAAGAAUUGCUGUUUGGUAUUAGGGUUAGUGACAGUUUAGUGGACAGUUUUUUAAAUGGAAGUAUAGUCGACACACAAUGUUAGAUUAGGGUCAGAGGUACAGUAUAGUGAUUCUACAGCUCUGUGCAUUCCGCUAUGCUCACCGGUGUAGCUGGACAAAUUUUAACUGAAAUGUUUGUUUUGUUGAUAAAUAAGAUGAGAAGCUGAAGACUGCAGCAAUGGAACCCUUUCAAAACAUCCGAUUUCAAAAACUCACAUUUUUAUAUGGCUGACAGUUCCUACUAGGAAUAGGGCAGAUGUAAGCUUUGCCCUUUUCUCACGUCUGCUUAGAUUUAUUUGCAAGUUCUGGUUUCUCUGCAAGUAUUUUAAGCCAUUUGUUCAUUUUGUGAGAAUUAGCCGAAUUAAAGCAGAGACGUACAUAAAUCAGUUUAGGCAGGCACGAGUACAAGGGAAGACGCAGUGUCCUAACCAUCGCACAGGUAAGCAAGCUGCAGGGCCGGUGAACACCAGACCUUGAAACUGAGUGGUCCUGUCUCUGUCGUUUUGGAUAUUAGAUAACAAUGGAAGUGGGUUUUCAGUGUUAUUUAUAUAAUUACAAAUGUAAAUAGAAAUUCCGUGUUUCCCCCAUAUUCCAGGGGAUCAUCUUUUCAUCUCAUUUUGAAAGCCACUGGUUGACAGAAUAUGUUGAGUUUUGACAGAUUGGGUUUAGUGUUUAAGUUCUUCCCUGACACAGGUAAAGUCUUAAGACAAUUUUGUAUCCCCCAUGGUAACAGGUAGUAGUGUUUAUAUUAUUGCUUUUUGAGUGUUUCGUAACUUUUUAAACUCUUCACACUUGAGUGUUCUCUUUAUCCUUCAUAGGAAUCCAGUGAAGUGUAGGUUUCCUUCCCCAAUCAGGUGAGGAAAUUGGGGCUCUUCAGUUGUGGCUUGAGUGUACGUGAAUUAUAAGUGGAGGAACGGGAUUUAAAGGGCAAAGUCCUUUUACUAAACAGUUUUUUUUCUCCUAGUGCAUUACAUAAAGUAUUCAAAUAUUUGCCAAGUAUAUUAUUAGUCAGGGAAACAGUGGAACAAAUUGAUUUGAAAGGCCUCCAUGUCAAAAAGCAGUUGGGAGAGAUCCAGGGUAAAUAACAUUAAGUUCUAAAAUAUCCCAGUCAGUUCUUUUUCAUGUGGUGAAUAUUACUAGGUAAAUGUUAAUUGGAGAGUUGAUAAAAUGAGUGGGGACUUCAGGAGAGGUUGGAGUGUUUGGCAAUCCAGCAGUAAUUUUGAAGAGGCAAAUGGAUAACUAUGGAAUCCUAGUAGAUUGCUAACGCUAAGGGCUGGUGUGUGGAAUUUCUUUACAUUUUCUGAAAUUAUCUAUUUGUUGAAAUUGGCAUAAAUGAAUAGAAUCUUAAAUCAUACCAUCUGCACAAGACUGUAUUCAGACACUGAUGUUUACAUAAAUAAACCUUUAAAAAAAUUUUUUGGAUACAUUUCAAGCUGGGUAGUGUGGCCAAAAUUUCAACUUCUUAAUUGGUAAUAAUGUCAGAAAUCACAGAGAAAGUAUUUUGUAAUAACGGC